AUUCUGAGGGAUAUAUAAACUUCGCGGACGAUUUCACAUCACCAGUGGUAGCUAUCCUCGAUCACACCAUGUUCACUUGGCUGAUGCUCUCCUGCCUCUUAGGCUUCUCCCUGGCUGAGGUUCAGGAUUACCAAAUAUGUUACAAGGGAAACAGCGCCGCUGAAAACAGCUGCAUGAAAGUGGAUGUAGACCGCCUUGCCAUGAAAAUUCACUUCCACAUGCCUGAAUCCGACGACUUCGAUGACGUGGAAACUCUGGAGGAUUAUAGUGUGGGUCUAGCAGCAUCUCGAGUUGUGUCCCAGGAAGCGUGUUAUGUGAGGCGACUAGUUAAAUCUUUCGAGCAACAAGUAGCCUUCAUCAAAGGCCAUCAGGAUGAUGGCAUGAGGGUUGAGUCUGAUGUCAGAGUUUCCGCUAUUUCCCUCGACAAUCCUGAGGAGGAGAUCGGCUCUUGCCAACUUCUGUGGCGAUCUUCCCGUUUACAAACUGGUCACUGA